AUGGCUCCACCUACGAAAAUACUCGGUCUUGACACUCAGCAGAGAAUGCUUCAACGUGGUGAAAAUUGCAGUUUAAAGUCUCUGGUACAGAAUGAAUGUGCUUUUAAUGGUAAUGACUAUGUGUGUACGCCUUUCAAAAGACUAUUUGAACAAUGCAUGGUGAAGGAUGGACGUGUAUUAAACAUUGAGGUAACAAAUCUGAACACCAACAGAUGA